GAGACGGAGCCGGGACCCUGUGCGCCCGCCCAGCCGCGUCCCGUCGCGGGUACACAGCCACACACCCUGUCGCGCUCCGGCCACCGCCACCACCUCGGCCACCGCCAAUGAAACCCCUCCCGCUCCUAGUGGGUUUUUCCACUUUGCUGAAUUGUUUCUACGCUCAAAAUUGCACCAAGACACCUUGUCUUCCAAAUGCAAAAUGUGAAAUACGGAAUGGAAUUGAAGGCUGUUAUUGCAACAUGGGAUUUUCAGGAAACGGUGUCACAAUUUGUGAAGAUGAUAAUGAAUGUGGAAAUUUAACCCAGUCCUGUGGUGAAAAUGCUAACUGCACUAACACAGAGGGAAGUUACUAUUGUAUGUGUGCAGCGGGUUUUAGAUCCAGCAGUAACCAAGACAGGUUUAUCACUAAUGAUGGAACCAUCUGCAUAGAUAUAGAUGAGUGUAAUGAAUCAGCUGCCUGUGGUGAUCAUGCAGUAUGUGAAAACGUGGAUGGUGGGUAUAACUGCUCCUGCAAAGAAGGUUAUCAGGCAUCCACAGGAAAUGCACAGUUCACACCUAAUGAUGGCACUUACUGCCAAGAAAAUGUGAAUGCAGACUGUCAUUUAGAUAAUGCCUGUAUUGCUGCAAAUAUUCAUAAAACUUUAACAAAAAUUAGACGAAUAGACCAACCUGUGGCUUUCCUGCAAGAAGUCUAUAGAAAUUCUGUGAAAAAUCUUUCACCAACGGAUAUAAUUACAUAUAUAGAAAUAUUAGCAGAAUCAUCACCAUUAUUGGGUUAUACGAAUAGCACUAGCUCAGACAAGGACACCCUUGCUAAUUCAACUCUUGCUGAAUUUGUAAAAACUGUGAAUAAUUUUGUUCAAAAGGAAACAUUUAUAUCUUGGGACAAGUUACCUACGAAUCGUAGAAGAACUCAUCUUACAAAACUGAUGCAUGCUGCCGAACAAGCUACCUUAAAUAUAUCUCAGAACUUCCAAAAGACCACUCAGUUUUAUACUAAUUCAAGUGAUGUAGCUCUGAAAGCUUUCUUUUUUGACUCACAUCACAUGAAACAUACACACCCCCAUAUGAACGUGGACAGAGAUUAUGUAAAGAUAUUUCCAAAGAGAAAAGCUGCAGAUGAUUCAAAUGGCAAUGUUGCAGUUGCAUUUUUAUAUUAUAAGAGUAUUGGUCCCUUGUUUUCAUCAUCUGACAAAUUCUUAUUGGACACUCAAAGUUAUGAUAAUUCUGAAGAGGAAGAAAGAGUCAUCUCAUCAAUAAUUUCAGUCUCAAUUAGCUCGAAUCCACCCACAUUGUAUGAACUUGAAAAAAUAACAUUUACAUUAAGUCACAUAAAGAUCACAGAUAAACAUAGGAGUCAAUGUGCAUUUUGGGACUACUCGCCUGACAAUAUGAGUGGCAACUGGUCUUCAGAGGGCUGUGAGCUGACAUAUUCUAAUGAGACCCACACCUCAUGCAGCUGUAAUCACUUGACACAUUUUGCAAUUUUGAUGUCUUCUAGUACUUCCAUUGGUAUUAAAGAUUAUAAUAUUCUUACAAGGAUCACUCAACUAGGAAUAAUUAUUUCACUGAUUUGCCUGGCCAUAUGCAUUUUUACCUUCUGGUUCUUCAGUGAAAUUCAAAGCACCAGGACAACAAUUCACAAAAAUCUUUGCUGUAACCUUUUCCUUGCUGAACUUGUUUUUCUAGUUGGGAUCAAUACAAAUUCUAAUAAGCUCUUCUGUUCCAUCAUUGCUGGCCUGUUGCAUUACUUCUUUUUAGCUGCCUUUGCAUGGAUGUGCAUUGAAGGCAUCCACCUGUAUCUCAUUGUGGUGGGAGUCAUCUACAACAAGGGAUUUUUGCACAAGAAUUUUUAUAUCUUUGGAUAUCUCAGCCCAGCUGUGGUAGUUGGAUUUUCAGCAUCAUUAGGUUAUAGAUAUUAUGGCACCACCAAAGUAUGUUGGCUGAGCACAGAAAACAACUUUAUCUGGAGUUUUAUAGGACCAGCAUGUCUAAUCAUUCUUGUGAAUCUCUUGGCUUUUGGAGUUAUCAUAUACAAAGUUUUUCGUCACACUGCAGGGUUGAAACCAGAAGUUAGUUGCUAUGAGAACAUAAGGUCUUGUGCCAGAGGAGCCCUUGCUCUCUUGUUCCUUCUUGGCACCACCUGGAUCUUUGGGGUUCUCCAUGUUGUACAGGCAUCAGUGGUGACAGCGUACCUCUUCACCAUCAGCAACGCCUUCCAGGGCAUGUUCAUUUUCUUAUUCCUGUGUGUUUUAUCUAGAAAGAUCCAAGAAGAAUAUUAUAGAUUGUUCAAAAAUGUCCCUUGUUGUAUUGGAUGUUUAAGGUAAACAGAGGGAACUAUGGAUAAUUAAUUAUUAGUACACAAAAAUAAAAAAGCAUAGCUGUGGAUGGCCAAUGUAUAAAAAUGACUCAAACAAAUUAUCCAAUUAUUACCAGAUAAUCAAAUAUUUUAAAUCAGUUUUUCUGUUUACAGUGUAGGAACUGUAUAUAAGAGAUAUUAUGUACUGUAUAGUUAUAGUAUGCUUCCCUAUAUGACUUAGUUAUGUCAAAAAUAGUGUUGCAAAUAUUUGGAAAGUAAUUGGUUUCUUGAGAGUGAUAUCACUAUGCCCAAGGAAAGAUUUUCUAAUGCUAGAAAUAUAUGAAUGUCCUGAAGGAAACCACUGGCUUGAUAUUUUUUACUUAUGUUGCCUUUGAAACUAGUCUCCUAUCACCUUGGUAAUGAGCUCUGUUACAGAAAGUGGAACAUAAGAGAAUGAAAGGGCAGAAUAUAAAACUGUAAAAAGGGAAUGGCUAUUAUAACAAUGGGAUGUAUUUUGAGUAAACUUGUUUUUUUGGUAAACUAGAUGAAAAAUUAUAGAGAUAAAAUAAAGAAUUGAAUAAACACAUAUUACCAUUUCAUGAAUUGUUCUAAACAUAAAUUUUUACUAUAAUAACUUGGACCUGUAUUUCUACUAUAAUAAAAUGGACCUCCAUUUUAUUUUCUAAUAUUCUAAAAACCACAAAAGAAAAAGAACAUACAUUUCUGUUCUGUUUUAGGUUAACAUUAGAAUAAGGUAUAUGCUAUUUCUAUACUUAUUUCACAGUCUGUGAUUUCAAGAGCUUAAUCAGUGAUACAUAAAUGCAUCAAAAUAUAAUAUUGUUCAUGCCUGUAAAUGUUGUUCAUGCCUGUAAAUAAAGCUGAAAUAUUCUAUUCUGUAACCUUUAAGUGCAGUGAAAAAUAUUGUAUCUCAUUAGACUAAGUAUAUUUGAGUUCUUUAUGUUUUGAAUUUUAGAAGUAUUGUACUUCACAUUACGGUAUUCCCAUUUAACUUGCUAGUUUGAAAAGGGCAUUGUAAAUAUAAAAGUAUUCAUAAAGUGAAUAGCUGUUUUUUUCUGUUCAGAAAAGUACACACUUAAAAGUGUUAUUUAUAACAAAGAAAUCACUACGAACUACAGAAAUUUUCAUAGUGGAUCUAUUUUCUGACAGUUUCCCACUAUCUAUUAAAGCAUAUCUGCUUAAAUGUAUGGCUUCUAUCUAUCGUCAAAUCUUCUCAUUAAAAUGUAGAAGCAGUGACAAGAUUUCAAAAAUAUAUCAUUGUUCUGCACCUACCUGUAAAAGUACACUGAUACACUAAACGUUGUGAUUUUAAAUUAAUUUUUUCAGCUGUUGAAAUGAAGUCUGUCAAUUCUUGCUCUAACAAAUAAAAUGUUAUCUAAAUGAAU